CUUAACCCGGAUGUAAAGGGCCGCCUGUGAGAAAAUCCGAUCCGGGCGAAGCACUGAUCCUAAAAGGGAAGAGUGAUAGUCGCCAGCCCCGGUCUUGGCGUCUCCUGUCCCUGCUCCGGUGCAGGAAGAGUGAUGCGUCUCCUUUUGAGCGCGACUGACGGACGAGGAGCGGACGCCGCGCGGACAGAGCGAGCGUGCGCGGCCGCCGCUGUGCUGCAUCCAGUCACACAGAUGCCUGGGGGCCUUUGAUCUGGGGUCCGUGUCACUCCGGCGUGGGGGAUCGGCAUCGCGCGAGCGGGGACCGCAGCGGCACAGCGAGGCGGGGCAGCAGGGGGCAGCUUUGCAGGAGGAAGACUGCUGCUGCCCGUGUGUGUUCUGUCUCCCUGCUCUUCUCUCUGGACCAGCGAUUCAGAGGCAUUUUUGUGGUUUUUAAAUUUUUUUCCCUCCCCUGGACAUCGGUGCUCUGGCCGUACACUCCCGCUGUCAAAGCUGGCGAUGUCAAGAGUACCAAGUCCUCCUCCCCCCGCGGAAAUGUCAAGCGGGCCUGUGGCUGAGAGCUGGUGUUACACUCAGAUCAAAGUGGUGAAGUUCUCCUACAUGUGGACCAUCAACAACUUCAGCUUCUGCCGCGAGGAGAUGGGCGAAGUCAUCAAGAGCUCCACCUUCUCUUCGGGAGCCAAUGACAAGCUCAAAUGGUGUCUGCGAGUCAACCCCAAAGGCCUGGACGAGGAGAGCAAAGACUACCUGUCCCUCUACUUGCUCCUGGUCAGCUGUCCCAAGGCGGAGGUCCGUGCCAAAUUCAAGUUCUCCAUCCUCAAUGCCAAGGGGGAGGAGACCAAAGCCAUGGAGAGCCAGAGGGCCUACCGCUUCGUCCAGGGCAAGGACUGGGGCUUCAAGAAGUUCAUUCGCCGGGACUUCCUGCUGGACGAGGCCAACGGACUGCUCCCUGAUGACAAACUCACCCUGUUCUGUGAGGUGAGCGUGGUGCAGGACUCUGUGAACAUCUCGGGUCAGAACACCAUGAACAUGGUGAAGGUGCCGGACUGCCGGCUGGCCGACGAGCUGGGCGGGCUUUGGGAGAACUCGCGCUUCACCGACUGCUCCCUCUGCGUGGCUGGGCAGGAGUUCCAGGCCCACAAGGCCAUCCUGGCAGCGCGCUCCCCCGUGUUCAGCGCCAUGUUCGAGCACGAGAUGGAGGAGAGCAAAAAGAACCGCGUGGAGAUCAACGACGUGGAGCCUGAAGUCUUCAAAGAGAUGAUGUGCUUCAUUUACACGGGCAAGGCGCCCAACCUGGACAAGAUGGCCGAUGACCUGCUGGCAGCAGCAGACAAGUAUGCCCUGGAGCGGCUGAAGGUGAUGUGCGAGGACGCCCUGUGCACCAGUCUGUCGGUGGAGAACGCGGCCGAGAUCCUCAUCCUCGCCGACCUGCACAGCGCCGACCAGCUCAAGACUCAGGCCGUCGACUUCAUCAACUAUCACGCGGCGGAGGUGAUGGAGACCUCGGGGUGGAAGUCCAUGGUAGCCUCUCACCCGCACCUGGUGGCCGAGGCCUACCGCUCCCUGGCCUCCGCGCAGUGUCCCUUCCUGGGGCCGCCCCGCAAGCGGCUGAAACAGUCCUAGUGAGCAGUGCCCCCCCCCACCACCCCACCCCCCCUCGUAGCUAAGCUCUCAGCUGCUCCCUCCCCAACCUCCUCCACCUCCAGACACUCUGAUGAGUCCACUGUUAAACAUCUACCCCAC